CGCAGGACAUUUGACGUAAAAAAAUUAAUUACAAAUGGCGUUUACGUAGAAAAGACAGAUGUAUUCACGGCCACGAUGGGCGAUGAUUCUUUGAAAUUACGAGAGGAUGGCUAUAUUCGCACGAAUUAUCCUGUUUCUUCAUUAACGUAUCAUAGUGACUUAAAUAUAAUUUUAGUGAAAACAAACUCGGGUGAUGUUCACGUUUUGGAUGUGAACUCUGGUGUAAUUCUUCAAUCAUCCUGUCUAUCUGCGGACGAGGGUGGUACUCUGGGUGUGGAGUACGCGUCAGGCGCUGAGAGAGUGUUCGCAUGGGACAGCAGUGGAAUAGGCGCCCGAACUGAUUACAAUGGUGUUAUGCUUCUUCAUUCCCUCCUGCAGAAGCCUUUACCAGCUUUACAUCCAGACAGUGUUAUCAAAAUAGAACUGGUUUAUUCAGAGGCGGUGGUGCUGUACCAGUGUGUGGAUACUUUAGAUGCAAACUCUAUUGAAGGACUCCCAGAUUUGAUCAAUGACCUGAAAACUGGAAUUUAUGUUGUCCCAGAGAGGAAAGGUGUAAAGGCACAUAAAUGGAGUACAGUAAUUAUAUCACUACCACAAUCGACACUCAGAUUGGUGACAUCGGCAAUUGUUCAAGAGUUGAAAGGACAAAAUAGAAGAGUACCUGCUCUUGCCAUUGCGUCAGCAAUAGGGCACAGAGCCAAUGAACUAAUGCCUGACACUCGAGAAGAGGACUCUAGAGCUGUCAUGUAUUCGGAGGCCGAGAGGAAGCAGACAUUCAAAAGAUGGCCGCAUAUGGACUACAAGUGGGCGCUACCCGCUCGCAUGGCGGAGGCCGGCUUCUACCACCAGCCGUCGCCAAGUGGGGACGACCGCGCCAUGUGUUUCACGUGCAUGGUGUGCCUCGUUUGCUGGGAAAAGUCAGACGAGCCCUGGGUCGAACAUGAGCGACAUUCACCUAACUGCCCCUUCGUGCGCGGCGAGUACACACACAACGUACCGCUCUCGGUAACAAAUGCAACAGCAUGCGCAGUGCCCUGUGCAAAUGUUAAAAUUGUGUCGAAAGGAAACACGGGUGACCUAAUAGCAACUGGCACUGUCGAGGGGAGAGUCAAUAUAUGGAAGUUUGACUGUGGACUCAAAUUAGUUAAAUUCCUACAUAUCUCACCAUACGACUCAAUUUUUAGUGGUAUUUUAACAACUGAUACUAAUAAAGUUUGGGCAGAUAGCCUUGAGAAAGAUUCGUCGAAUUAUGCGGUUGAAUUAACUGCAAUGUCAUUUAUUGGUAUGCCAUCACAACAAGAGACGUACCCACAAGCACAAACUGCUGAGUCUGUAGUGAAAGAGACUAGCACCAAUAAAGCAAAGCCUUCUCUUGUCUGUGCCAUUAUAAUCACUAGAACAUUGCCUUCACCUGCAAAGCAACCCAUCAUUGUUGACUCAAGUAAAGUAUUAUUUGACGCUGGUGAUCCAGAUAGACAAGCCAAUGAAAAUGUUCAGGCGAUGAAUAAUCAAAAUGAGGCAAAAAGUAAUUUUUCCUUAACAGACAAAAUGCUAUUUUUACUGACAUAUGAUAUACAUAAUUCUUUAGCGGGGUCAUCAACAGCUAUUCAUACAUCAAACAGUCACAACAAACCUGGUGGCAGUAAGAAAGUAUUACACAGAUCAGAGGCAUCAAAUUUAUUUGAUAAUAUUUAUUUACAAUAUUCUGAUGACGAUACAGAGCUUCCACAAUGCACAAAUAUACUAGACGACGAGAUUCCCGGUUUUAAUAUAGAAGCCUCCUCAAGUAAAGAGGAUUGCAAAGUAUGGGAACCGAAAAAGAUUAUUAUACAAAAACAUUAUAAAGUUCUGCCGCCCCCUCCCCCCACUGCGUUGCUGCCGGAACUACCUGAAUCGGAGCAGGGGGGCGUAUUAAAUUUUGUUGGACAAAUAUCGCAACUUAAAAGUUGGGAUUGUGUAAAUUCAGAAUCGGUUGGGACCAAAGUAGUAGAUCAGACUGAUGCAAUUCAAACGGAUUCCAUAACGCAUUACCUCAGCAUGGCUGGUCAAGGACCAUUGGAAGUCUCAGAUUUGAAAUGGUAUGGAGGUCUUCAAAGUUCAGAUAAGGUUAAGAUAGCCUUAUCUAAUAAAAGUAAAGCUGGAACGCACACGGUGCUCAGUAUUAAUCCCAAUGAUGGAUUUGAUAGUGAUCCUCCUCCUGAAGAGGUUGUAUCACAAGGCAUUGCAGUACAGUGCCUUGUGCUUCCUAAUAAGUUGCACUUUAAAGUCGAUAGUAAAGUAACUCACCUAUUGCCUUCUGAAGAUAAAGAGCAUUUACUUUUGGUUAUAUCAUCUGUUGAGAAAAAUAAGUUCCAAUACGUAUACGAUGCGGAUGGAGAUGUUAAAAUGGAUGUAGAUGAAAGUAGUAACCAAAACGAUAAGACUGACAAUACUGACACAAAAGCAUAUUUCCUUUAUUAUAAAAUAAAUAGUAAAACAUCUGUUUAUACUUUAGAAGAUAAUCCCGUAACAAUUAAGGAAUUACCAUAUAAUGAAAGCCCUAUUGAUUUAUGUUUAUUGCCACCAGUUAUACAGAAGCAGUAUUCAUUCGCUGCUGUGGGUGUUGACGGCCAAUUGCGACUUUACUCAUUGCCUGAGUUUAAUUUACUCUCAGAGAAAUGUGCACCAAAAGGUCACUUCUCCUCAGUGACUUACUGUGCUUCUGUGGAACGUCUCAGUGCGUCCACAAAACACGGUGUUAUAUAUUUCUACGCUCUCAACGAUGAUAAAAUAAACUGCGCUGGUGAAGCCAAUGAAGAUGAAUUCGCGAAUAUUGAUUUCGACAUGCUGCAGAAAGCCCCUAAAGAAGACACAGGCCCUGAUGCGGCGCCAGUGAUUAUUGCAAAUAAAGCAGAGCUAGAUGAAUCUGAUCUUAACUCACUGAUGGCAUUAACUGGCUUAUACACUCACAAUCCCACUGUACCAUAUGGCGCCAUAGUGCCCGCGUCUUGGUGUGAACUAUCGCCCGCUCAAAGAUCUAGGUCCGACCACCAAAACUAUAGAUCAUGGCGGCUCCAAAACACAUCGUCUACUUGGGACGAACAAGUGUUGGAGCUAACACUGCCUUACAAUGUCUCCUUAGCCCACCUUGAAUUUGGAUUUACAUUGCAUACAGUCAAUUCGUCAAACUUACCUAAAAUAGAGGUUACCUUAUUGAAACAGAAUGUGCAUGGGUUUGGAUACAAUAAAGAUACUCCAUUUGGUCAAAAACCAGAGGUACCUUCGCAUUACUCAGUAAUGAAGUUUGAGGUUUAUAAUCUUGAGAAUCCUGUCAAUAGUGAGGAAUAUCUUCAGGCUCAUAAUGCGGAGAUCUUAGCUGGGCCCGUCUUGGUGUCCUCUGGGCUGGAUGCCAGCCAACAAUCUGGGACUUUGAUUCUGACAAGCCCGAGACUGUACCGAGCAAAGGGAAGGACAUUCCUCCUUCAUAUAAAGGCAUUAUUCGAUCCCAUUAAGGACAUGAGUAAGGGGCCAAAUAAGGGUGGUGAGACAUCUGCGAAAAAAUCUACUUUUAUCGGUUGCGAUUGGUUGCACCAAAUAUCUCUAACAGUCAGGUCAACGCCCCACACUGAUGUUCCAUUGGAAAGACAGCAAAGGAUAGCGAUGUUGGAAUCGAAUAGCUUUCUCAACAUGCUGUGUGAGAUGGCGGUAAGCAACGAGUCUACAGAGAAGAGGAAACUUGUGAUGGAUAUAUUGACGUGGGUGAUAUCUAUACGUUUGAAACGUAUACGGGUGGCGAAGAGUGCCAAGGGGAAGGACAAAGAUGCUUCCGCUACUGCCGAGACGCAGCAGUUGGAAUGUGUAGCGAUUAUCGAAAAACACAUUUGUACUCUGCUAAGAAAAUGUAUUUUGUGCGCAAACCGAAGUAUUGCUAAAAGCUGUGUGAAAAUCAUACUUAUUACCAGCGAUGGAGUGAAGCAGUUGCCUCCAGCGUCGAAGUGUACAUUCGAACAGUCGCUUACAAGUUGCCUGAUUGAAUGCAUCCCGUUUGUGGGCGCGUCUCAGUCUCCGGGCGCUCUCAAGUGGCUCAUGGCGUUGGCACAGCACUCCAUUCCCUGGGCUGCGGCUUCGGAGUUCGUAGCGCGGUGUCUGACGCUGCUGGAGAAGGCUGCCAGGUUUCUGCGGCAACGGAACAAUCCAUAUCAUCAACUGUUACGGGCGCGGUUCGGGCUGUACGGCCUGCCGCUGGAGCGCCACACGUUCGCGGUGGACGCGCCGGAGACUGCGCGCGGCGGCUCGCACGCGGUGACGUACGCGAGCGUGCUGGCGGGAGAGGUGGCCGCGCCGCCGCCGGCCGCGCCCAAGCACGAGUCGCAGCUGCGGGACCUGCUCAACAUGCCGCUGGACGCCGAGCCAUCAAAAACUUCGAGUUCGAACAACACAAACAACUGGUACGAGACAGAGUGCGCCAUGAGUGCGGUGGGCGUGGCCGGAGAAGCCAUGAUGCUACACGUGACGUGCCACCUGGCCUCCGACGGAACCAAGCUGGAGUCGGCGCCGUCGGGGCUCCAGCCGCCCGUGCACUCUGCGCACUCAGCGGACCCGCACCAGCUAUGGACUGUUAUAAAAGAAAGCCAAGGGAAGAACUCUUCGAAAGAUGAGCAGAAAAAUGAUUCUGAGAGCCCGAUGGAUUGCGACUCUCACGAGAAGUCAGAACUAGAUGGCGAGAAAUCAAUUAAAGAGCAGGAACAAUGCCGCAUCCCGUGGGCGGCGCUGGUGCGACGACCGCCGCAGCACACGCUGCUGGUGGAGAGGAUGCACUCCGGCGCUAGGCGCUACAUCGUGCUGGACUUCGGACACACCGUGCGGCUCACAGAUGUGAUAAUCCCGUCGUGCUCCGAGCUGGUGACUCUCUGCAUCGACACCUGGCGCGUGGGUGAGGAGACGGACUGUGUGAAGCUUGCGUUCGCGACCGACAUCGCGACCAAACACCUCGUGCUGGCAGACAUACAGCCGCCCCCCCUUUGUCGAUAUAUUAAGAUAACAACGAUAGGCCGAUACGGCAUGUCUGCUAUGAAGUGUAAGAUACCGCUCGGCUGGUUCUACGGAGAGAUCGCAGACAUCGACAACGUGCCGGCCUCUCUCAACGCACUCGCGGCUUUGCACCAGGAUCUCAGCUGCCGUCUCAGACUUGCAACAGGCAAACUGAUCGACUUGCUGAAUCCAUACUUGGAGCUGUACAACGGCAACGCGGCGCACAUGAUCGCGUACCUCAAUCAGUCAGACACGGACUCGCGGGUGGUGUCCGCGUACCAGGAGUGCAUAGAACUGCAGCAGCAGCUUCAUAAUUGCACAAAUAUAGAGCGCCGGCUUCGGAACACCACCGUUUGCCCCGAACGAGUGUUGCACGCUGUCACGUCGGAGAUGCUUCUCGAGCGCGCCUCCACCGACAAGUUGCGCAUCAUCACAGAGAACGUUGUGGAGCUGCUGCUUUACUUCCUGUUCCAACAUAAUGAUCUGCGCGUGGACGACGUGAGCGCGGCGUGGUGCCGCGCCGUGCUGCCGCUGUCGUGGGAGCGCGGCGGCCGCAGCGGCGCGGGCGUGGCCACGCUGGCGGCGCGCGUGUGCGGCGCGGCGGCGUGGUGGGGCGGCCUGCUGGCGGACCAUCUGGCCACGGCCUUCGCGCACCACGACGCGCCGCCGCUGCCGCUGGACAGAUGCCUCGUGUCGGUGAUGUACAUGUCCCGCAAGAGCAUGUACGCGCACGGCGGCGCGGCGGGCGGCGGCGUGACGCAGGCCGUGGCGGGCCGCACGCUGGAGCUGGUGCGCGCGGGCCGGGCGCCGGCCGCGCUGGUGGCGGCGCUGCUGGCGGUCCUGGCGCACUCGCUGGACGCCGCCAUGCCGGACGACGCGCACAACAGAUGGGAGUGGGUCACGGGCGGUCGGGUCGGCCAGAGCUCGGGCGACGGAAGCAGCUCGAGCACGGGGCGGUCGGGAGCCAGCUCGGCCAUGAUGACGAUGCACCGCCGCAAGAUGCGCAAGAAGCUGUUGCAUCAGAUGGAAAUCGAGACCGCGCGCCGGGACAUACAGAUCGCCCUUGAGGAUCACCAGCGCGCCCGUCUGUCUGCGAGGGUACACGUGCCACUCCGCCGGCCGUCCUCCGUGACUGAGCGCGGCGCCCGCGGCCACGAGCGCCUCAUCUCGCCCGCACUCGCGUCCGCUCUGGCGCACGCACUUCUGGACCACCUCGUGACGCUCGAUGCCACGCAUGCUGCUGACCAUCUGCUGCUGUGCGCCAAGGUGGUGGGUCGCCUGUGCGCGUUGACCGGCGGCUGCUGCCCCGUGGACACGGGCAGCCUGCUGGCACUGGCCCGACGAGCCGUGACCCUGCCGCCCUGGCCGCGGCAUGCUCUCACGGCUCUGUUACAGGACCUCGUGGAGUACGAGUCCGACGACAGCUCUCCCACCACAGAGGACUGCGGUAUGUCAGGGCGCGGCGCCGCUGCGGCAGUGUCGCGGAGGCGGGGCGUCGCUCAAGACCUGUCCGGCUACGUCAAAAAGAUAGAUCCCAAUAAAUUCAUGGAGUAUCAGCUGAUUCAAUUGAUCGAGUCGGAUGACUCGGAGCCCGAAGAGAAGGUGGAACAGAACUUCCUAGACUCCAUCAAAAUAAUGAGCCGCAAGAAGUCUACCGUUGACGUCACCAACAGUAUCAUCUCGGCGUGCCUGGACGCGCGGCUCGAGAGCGGCGGCGCGGCGGCGGCCGAGGCGGCGGCGCGGCGCCUGCUGGCCCGCACGGCCCUGGCGCUGCCCGCCGCCCUGCGCGCGCCGCCGCACCGCCCCGCGCCGCCCGCGCCGCCCGCCGGCUCCGCCCAGUGCGCGGCGGCCCCGCCCCCCCCGCGCGGCCUGACGCUCACGAACUCACUCUACGACGUAUUCAGACAUCUGGCAGUCGAGUUUCCAUUGCAGAGCGAGUGCAGUUUCAUGGAGAACGUGGUGUCCCUGUGGUUGACGAUCAACGGGUCCUCGUGGGGCGGCGGCGGCACCGUGGGCACGCCCGUGUUCGCGCUGCCGUCCGACACGCCGCGCGUGCGUCUCGCGCCCGACACUGUCGACGCGCUUCUGAAGUCGCUUACCGAAUUAGAAAACAUAACGCUGCGAUGCUGGGUGCUGUGUAUGCAAGCAUUAGCCUGGGUCGCCAGCUCUCCGCUACAGUCGGAAGGAAGCACCAAGACAAUGGGUCGCGCCAUCCUUGAGAACGAGAACUUUGUGCCGGCGCUCGUUCGCUUCGUGUCCGUCGACAUCGUGCCCGACGCUAACGUGUCCUGCUCCGAGCCCUAUCUGGGCGGCUGCGGCGCGGGCGCGGGGUCGGGCGCCGUGGGCGCGCUGCAGGGCGUGGUGUCGCGGCUGCUGCUGCCGCGCGGGCCGUGCGGCGCGCGCCGGGCGCUGGCGGCGCUGGCGGCGCUGUGGCGGCCGGCCGCGCCGCCGCCGCGCGCGCUGGACCUGCACGCCGCGCUGCUGCGGGCCGCGCACUCGCUGCUGCCCGCGCUGCUGCCCGAGCACCUGCGGCACGCGCUGCCGCUCAUCGACGCCGUGGCCGAGCAGUGCGGCAGCUGGGUGUGGUGGGGCGCGGACGUGGCGGGCGGGGCGGGCGGCGCGCGGGGCGAGGCGGAGGGCGGCGUGCGGCGCGUGCCCAGCCGCCGCGCGCUGCUCGUGUCGCUGCUGCACUACUGCCGCCGCCUGCUGCCGCUGCAGCCGCAGGGUACGACCUCCGAUGAGGAUGCGGAGACUUUAGGUGGGGGGGAGGAGUGGCAGACAGACGAGAUCAAGGCGCAGCAGAGCGACAGCAACAUAGAAGACGAGCGCAAACACGCGAACAAAUUGCCCUGCCUUGCGGAUACCGUUCUACAAAACCCGAGCAUUAUGUACAAGUUCUACAGAGCGUUGGGUUUAUGUGAUGGAAUACCAGCAACAGCUGUGAAUACAAACAACAACGCAGGUGGCGAGGGUGCAAGCGAACAGUGGUCCGUUAAGGAGGAGGUGCUGAGUCUCGUCUGCCAGAUCCCGGCGCUGGCUGCGGACCCAACAGCCAUGCUGCCCUCCCUCAUCAACUACCUCAGACGGGACGAGGUCGUGAACAUCUCGCAAGCGAUGCAGCAGCUACUGUUGCGCAUGCUGGAUAAGCCGGAGAUGCUGGCUGCGUUCAUUGACGCGGGUGGCAUGGACCUAGCCAUACGGAAACUUAACGCCUGCCAUCAGGCUGGCCCCAACAGCGGCCAGGGCCUGGUGUCAGCGCUGAUGAACCACCUGAAGGUGCCGCCGCAGCUCAUCAACCUGUCCACCCCCGCCGGUUCUAAGAAGUCCCAGCAGCCCACGCUCGAGGCCCCAGACGGACUUAUUAAUAUAGCGCCCUUUUGUCGUGUGACGUGCGCCAACCCCACGGCGCAGGCGGCGGACGUGCUGCUGGGUGGGUCGACGGAGGGCGCGCGCGGGGCGGGCGCGGGGGCGGGCGGGUGCGCGGCGCGGCGCGUGCGGGCGCCGGCCUGGUCCUACCACUUCUUCUGCGCCGACGACGUGUCGCUGGCGCUCACCGUACACCUGCCCUACGCGCUCGCGCUGCACGAGGUGCAGCUGCAGCCGCACCCCACCAGCCUCGCCACGUGCCCGGGUGCGGUGGGCGUGGAGGCUGGGAUCGGCGCCACGGUGGCCCCGCUGGGUCCGCCUCAGAACACGACCGGCAUGACCUUCAUCCGGCUGGUGGUGGCGCGGCCGCUCGUGUGCACCACCGUACAGCUGCGUCUCUACCGACCCAGGGAUUCUUCGAACAUGGGAUUGCUACAGCUACGCUUAUUGGCCGCCCCCGCUUUUGCACCACAACAGUCGCUAUCGUUGAACUCGGACCAAUCAAGCUCUGCCAAUGCACAGGAUACUUGCAGUAAUAAAUGGGCCAGCGUGGUGUGCGCGUGCGUGCGCGGGCGCGGGUCGCUGUUCGCGGGCGGCGCGGGGGCGGCGGGGGCGGCGGCCGCAGCGCGCGCGCUGUGUGCGGCGGCGGCGGGCGGCGGGCCGGCGGCGCGGCGGGCGCUGCUGUGUGCGGCGCGGGCGGCGCCCGACCUGCGGCAGCCGCUGCUGGAGCACCUGCUGGACAUCGACGACCACGCCUACGCCAACGCGUUCCAGUCGCGGGCGGGCGACGGCAGCUCGUGCGGCGCGUGGGACGUGGCGUGCGCGGUGUGCCGCUGGAGCGCGGGCGCGUGCGUGGGCGCGUACGUCGGGUGGGUGAAGCGGGCGGCCGAGCGAGCCAUCGUGACGCGCACGCCGCCCUCGGCCGCCGCGCUCACCACGCUGGCGUCGGUACUGUGGAGCACAAAGGAAGAAAAGCUGCUGGAUAAUUUAGAGCAGCUUAUUACGGACGACCUCUUUGAACUCAUCUACACCUGGAUACAGGAGGUCGAGGAGCACAGCCUCAUGAAGAAAUCUUUGGAUGCAAUUAUGUGCUCGGUGUGCUACAUACGUCCCGAGUUGUUCAAACAGCUGCUCGAACGAAUGGAGAUACCUAUUGAUGUUGAUGAAAGUAUGGAGUGCCAGACGGACGACGGCAAGACGCGGCGCCCAUCCAGCGCGGCCGUGGACCUGUCGUUCGCGCGGCGCCUGCGCGGCUCGCAGCUGCGCACGCUGGCCGCCGCCGCCAUGUCGCCGCCGCACGCGCACACGCUGCGGACGUCGCCGCUGCCCGCCGCGCUCAUGCACGCUGUCACUGAAUUCUGUGAAGCGAAAUUACAAGUAAUAGAAUCAAAGGCCGCACAAGAAGACUCUCAUAUGACAGAUGUAGAAGAUAAAGAGCUAAAGAACGGGCUGCCGUCGCUGCGGGCCGUGUGCGACAUCGUGGAGUGGGCGCGCCUGGUGAGCUGCGAGCGCGGCAUGAAGCAGUGGCUGGGCGCGGAGGGCGCCGGCUUCUGGCGCCCGCUGCUGCGUCUGCUGUGCACCAACCACCCGCGCGACCACGCGUCAUGGCAGGAGGGCGCGUUGUUUGCGUUGUUAGAAGAGAACACGAUCCGUCUUUUCUCGGAGCUGACAGUGUGUCACACGGCAAACCAGAAACUGUUCGCGACUACACUGCACUCCAUACUCGAUUCCAUGGAACACACAGGUACUGAGGGGAUAUCUGGGUUCACCCGGUCGCUGAUCCUGCGGCUGGUACUGUCGGGCGAGCGCACCACGGUGUCAGUGCGGUGGGCGCCUCCAUCACCCGUCACGUCUCCGGUCGCAUCAAAUGUCACGUCCCCCGUCUCGUCGCCGGUCACGUCACCGACGGUGGCCCCUGACACGUGGACGGCGCCGCCCCACGCGGGCCACCCCGCCGCUCGAGGCGUCACGUUGCUCACGCUGCCAGCGCAUACCACCAUCAAGACUCUGCUCGCAGAACAUCGGCCUCCACUGCCAGUAAUGGAAGAGGAACUGAAGCUGUCUACAUCCAACUCGUCGGCGUCGACGUCCGGGUCGGUGCUGCGCAGCGCAUCAGACACGGCCAUCAUGGCCGUAGCGGAAGCCUGGGAGCUGUCUCUUGCCGCCGCAAGCGCCUCGAAGGACAAGCGUGUGAAGGACGUGAAGAACGCUCUCAAACAGCAGAUGAACAAGAAGAGGCAGAGCAAGGCUAGCACAGAUGUCGCCACGACGUCCAUUUUCGAAGAAAGCACAGAGAAGAUCCUGGUGCAGGCGGCGGGUAUCAGUGAAUACAUCCCGAGCAGUGUCACACUGGGCGAACUGAGCGAGUGUGCGGCCGGCCCGCAGCUUGCGCUCACUCUGCGUGCGCGUCGCGCCGAAACAUCCGAAUCGCCGCCGCUGUGGCUCGGCUGUGUCGGCGGCGGCUCGUGCGCGGGCGGCGUGCUGCGCGCGUUCGGCGCGUGCGGCGGCCUGGCGCUGGUGGCGGCCCGCCUGCCGCGCCCGCACGCCGUGCCCGCGCCGCCGCCCGCGCCGCCGCACCACGCGCUCGAGCUGGACUGGAUCAAACUGGACGAUGCCUAUGAGGUAAUGCCCGUUAGCAUCAUAGCCGCCGGUUCGGAACCAUAA